UUUUUUAAGUAUGAAAUCAUCAUGAUAUUCUCCCUUCAACUACUAUUAUUGUGAACAGUAAGAUUUGGUAUAAAAGCUAGAAGAUCUUCCUUUUGCUUGGGUUCAUUUGGUACUAAUAGAAUUUGGCCUAAAAUCUUUCAUCAUACACCAAUUCAGAAAAAGAAGAAGAAAUAAAACCCAUGGCUGAACAAAAUUCAGUUUCUGAUUCUUCCGCAUCUAAUGGUAUAUCAUCUGUGAUCCCAGGAUGGUUUUCAGAGAUGAGUCCAAUGUGGCCAGGGGAGGCUCACUCAUUGAAGGUGGAAAAAAUUCUGUUGCAGCAAAAGUCUCAAUACCAAAACGUUAUGGUAUUUGAGUCGGCAACAUAUGGAAAGGUUCUUGUCUUGGACGGGGUGAUUCAGGUCACCGAAAGGGACGAGUGUGCGUAUCAGGAAAUGAUCACUCACUUGCCACUUGGAUCCAUUCCAAACCCUAAGAAGGUAUUGGUUAUUGGAGGAGGAGAUGGUGGUGUUCUUAGGGAAGUCUCUCGUUACUCUUCUGUUGAACAAAUUGAUAUAUGUGAAAUUGAUGGGAUGGUUGUUGAUGUUUCUAAGCAAUUCUUCCCUGCUUUAGCAGUUGGGUUUGAAGAUCCUCGUGUCAAUGUACACAUUGGAGAUGGAGUUGCAUUUUUGAAGGCUGUACCUGAGGGUACUUACGAUGCCGUCAUAGUGGAUUCCUCUGACCCAAUUGGACCUGCACAAGAACUCUUUGAGAAACCCUUCUUUGCAUCAGUUGCAAAAGCUCUUCGCCCUGGAGGAGUUGUGUGUACCCAGGCGGAAAGUAUUUGGCUUCACAUGCAUAUUAUCGAAGAUAUUGUCUCAAACUGCCGUCAAAUAUUCAAAGGCUCCGUCAACUAUGCUUGGACCACAGUUCCAACUUACCCAAGUGGGGUGAUUGGAUUCAUGCUCUGCUCUACCGAGGGACCAGCAGUAGAUUUUAAGCAUCCCGUGAACCCCAUAGAUGAAAAUGGAACACACAGCAAAGCAAAGGGACCUUUGAAGUUCUAUAACCCCGAGAUCCAUACCGCAUCAUUCUGUUUGCCAUCUUUCGCAAAGAAGAUUAUUGAUUCCAAAUCUAAAUGAGAAAGGCUUUCAGGUCAUAGCAAUUUGAUUUAGGUUUUUAUAAUAUACUUCGCAAAGUAUCCUCAACAUUUUGUUAGGUACAUGUGAUGUUGGAACCGGCGAAUAAAAAGUUCAAUGUUCGAACUGGUUUUCUCUUUCAGUGUCAGUAGUCUUUUACAGAGCACAGUUGAAGUUCAUGGCGGAAUUUAAGAUACUUUUUAUUUUAUUGUUAAGACCUCUCUGGUUGUAUUUGAGAUGCCUUUUCUUUUUUAGUUCAGACCUCUCUUGUUGUAUUUGAGAUUGGUGCUUAAUAAACUUCAAGUGUACCAAAUUUUAUGACCUUUUGCCGA